AUGCCACUCUCCGAUCUAUGGAGUCACAUUGAAUUGGACAAUGAGGUCCCUGCUGAUGAUGUGACUCAAAUGAGAAGAAGGUUGCAAACAGCUCCUGCCCGUGUAGCUAGUGCAAAUGCCAAGAGACGUAGCCGGGAAGUCGCUCAGUCAUGUCUAGAAACUCCGGAGCAGAGUCAUGGCGAAGGUGGUGAAUUUGCCCAGAGAUUGCAGAAGGAAUAUUUGACCCAAUCUUACCAACUACAGAACCAUUUCAUACAAAGCAGCAACCCUGAUAGCAGUCAGUUCACUGACGCCAGACAGCGGGUUUCCAGAGAACGGGCUAGAUGCAUUUGGAGUUUCAUGAAGCAAAUGCUGAAGACACUGACUGGGUUGUUUGAGAAUCAGAAUCAUGAUCGAGAUGUUGCCCAUCUUUGUUGCACGGUGAUCGCAGAUGAUACAAAUACAAAGCUACGAGAACAAACAUUUGAGAAAGCAGUGACUUUCACUGUGAUGAACACGGUACAGUCGGUCUUCCUCCGGUAUGGGCCUGGGAACCAAGAGAACCAUGACGAUGAACAUGCUUGGCAAGGCCUUUUUAUACCAAGCCCAAUGCAGUCAGUCAUUGUUAUCCGAGGAAUUCCGGUGGCAGAAUUUCCUCCAGAGAUGCAAGCUUGGCAGAAGAGGUCGCAGUGGUUUUGCCGAGAUUUUGUCAGCAAGAGCCGCAGAGCAAAGGAAUCACUUGAAGCACUUUUCAAGAUCAACAAGCAUCCACAGCAACAAACAGAUGAGGAGAGCAGGACCUUCAUCGACUCCCUCCUGUCAGACAAUCAUUCCUCAGAAGGCCUGCUCUCACAGGAUUUCCAAGCUCUUAUGUCUGAGUGCCUAGACCUGCAUGAGAACUAUGCUGCCCAGAACGGUUUGAGACGCAAGCUGGUGACACAGCAUUUGAGUGCAGAGAAUUUUGACAAGAGCGCGAACCUGAUUGACUCACUGAUCAACCCAAUGGAAUAUGCAGUGAAUUUUCUCAUUUCUCACACCAAGUCUUUGAAUGCUCUGACUUUUGUCGGGCAAGGUCAUCCCAAAAAGGAAGAGUUGAUGAGAGACACACAAAGCAAAUUCCUGAAAGUGAUUUCAGGCAGACUGGCAGACGAGCUGAUCCAACGUUACAUUAUGUUUUUGGACACUGGCCUGAAGGAAGCUGAGGAAAUGGGACUGGCGCCAGAUGGGUCACUGCUGAAUACAGCCUUUGCAAUGGCAUUGGUUUGUAUGGCAGACAUCCACAGAAGGCUCAAAAUGGAGUUCCGGGUUCCUCCUUUCACGCUAUUUCACUGGAUGGAUCUCACCACAGAUGAUUUUGUCCGAUCGUUUUCUCAGCUUGAAGCCAAAUUUCGCAGCUGCCCUCAUUGCCUGGACCUCGCUCUAUCCUCCGCCCUGAUGAAGGAGUUUGCUGGUCUUGAGAAUCAAAGUCUUGAAAGCCAAAGAUCAGCCCACUGUGAAAUAUCAGCAUUGCUCAAAGACAUCAGCACAUUCAGUGCAAUCACGUCUGAUUUGGAAGCCCGUCAACUUCGCAGUCAUACUACCAGAGAGUCAGAAAGGGAGAGGAAUCAGCGGCUUCAGAAAGCCCGAACACGGAAAAUUAGAAGACUCAGCGCCUUCAAUGUCUUCCAAAGGGAAUCAAUGAAGGAUAAAUCAUUCAAGAAGGAUGAGUACAAGACUUUCAUGAAAGAGCUGAGUGCAACGUGGCGAAGCAUGCCUCAGGAAAAGAAGGAUGAGUUCCAAGUCCAAGCUGAUCACCAGCAAGGCCUUCUAGACAGUUUGGAGUCACAGCCACUCCCACUCGAGGGCAAAGCGUGCGAGGAUGAGAGUGGGGGUGGUGAUACUGUGUGGCGCAAUGCGAGCAAGAAGCGCUCAGCUCGUCGGCUUGAAGUCAACAAGGGAAACUUUAGGCAGCAUUCUGUGUGGGACUUGCCAACGCAGUAUGGAGACUGUGACCUGACAGCAUGCAUUUGCAUGUGA